UUUCCAAGCGUCCUUUAAAGUGCACUAGACCGCAGUUCUCGUGGCUCCUCGGCCCCUCGAAAUCUUGGGAAAGUUAGUGUGGGGUAAUUAAGCCCCACGGAGUCAAGCUGAAGCACAUGCCUUGAGUUGCGCCCACUAUGUCAUUCGCUGCAUUGCAACUCUAACACUGGUCCUCUCCCGUCUAGCAUGUGAUUGUCAUCCUUAGCCGACCUUGGCCGGUCCUGUUUUAAGAGCAGCAUCCAGCAGGAAUGUUAUUCAAAGGAAUGCAGUAUCUCUCAGUCUAUUCUAUUCCUUCUCUUCUCCGCCCAUAGAGACAUCAUUCCCGUUGCACUUGUCCCCUUUCCUCCCACUUCCUCGACUCCCUAGUAAAACCACACCAACAAGAUGUCAAAGACUUUCAGUCAGAGCGAUGUGUCGUCGCAUAACAAACCCGAUUCGUUGUGGAUUGUUGUCGAUGGCGACGUUUACGACCUAACCAAAUUCCAGGAGGACCAUCCAGGCGGCAAGAAGAUCCUCCAGAGGGUUGCCGGCAAGGAUGCCUCCAAGCAGUUCUGGAAAUACCACAGCGAGGGCGUCCUCAAGAAAUACAAGCCGCAGCUGCAGGUUGGCUCUCUAGACACCAAGCCCAAGGCCAAGCCGGCAGCAGAGCCAGCACCCGUUGCGGUGCCGAAAAAGGAAACGCCACGAAAGAAGGCCGCGCCCGCCGCAGUCACCCAGCCAGCCGAAGAGUCAGAGGCCCUGGAGCCAUUUGGCCAGCAGAUUCCCUUCGGUGACCCGAGCUGGUACCAGAGCUACCACUCGCCAUAUUUCAACGAUACACACGCGGCCCUGCGCGCCGAGAUCAGAGAGUGGAUUGACACGGAGAUCGAACCCAACGUCACAGAAUGGGACGAGAAGAAGGAGGUCCCCGCCGAGGUCUACAAGGAGAUGGGUCGGCGAGGCUAUCUGGCGGGCCUGUUGGGCACACACUACCAGAAGGAUCACAGCAACAACGUGAUCAAGUCGGUGCCGCCCGAGAAGUGGGAUCUCUUCCACGAGAUGUUACUCACGGACGAGCUCUCGCGCACCGCCAGCGGUGGUUUCGUCUGGAACGUCAUUGGCGGCUUCGGCAUCGGCUGCCCGCCGCUGGUCAAGUUCGGCAAGAAGAGCCUUGUCGACCGCAUCCUCCCGGGCAUCCUGAACGGCGACAAGCGCGUCUGCCUGGCCAUCACGGAGCCGGAUGCCGGUAGCGACGUGGCGAACCUGACGUGCGAGGCGAAGCUGAGCGAGGACGGGAAGCACUACAUCGUCAACGGCGAGAAGAAGUGGAUCACCAACGGCAUCUGGUGCGACUACUUCACGACAGCGGUGCGCACGGGCGGGCCGGGCAUGAACGGGGUCAGCCUCCUGCUGAUCGAGCGCGACUUUGGCGGCGUCUCGACGAGGCGGAUGGACUGCCAGGGCGUCUGGUCCAGCGGCACGACAUACAUCACGUUCGAGGACGUCAAGGUGCCUGUCGAGAACCUGCUCGGGAAGGAGAACCAGGGGUUCAGGGUGAUCAUGACCAACUUCAACCACGAGCGCAUCGGCAUCAUCAUCCAGUGCCUGCGCUUCUCCCGGGUCUGCUACGAGGAGUCGGUCAAGUACGCCAACAAGCGCAAGACGUUUGGCAAGAAGCUGAUCGAGCACCCCGUCAUCCGGCUCAAGCUGGCCCAUAUGGCCCGCCAGAUCGAGGCCUCGUACAACUGGCUCGAGAACAUGAUCUACCAGUGCCAGAAGAUGGAUGAGACAGAGGCCAUGCUGCGCCUCGGCGGGCCCAUCGCCAGCCUCAAGGCCCAGGCCACCGUGACGUUUGAGUUCUGCGCCCGCGAGGCGAGCCAGAUCUUUGGCGGUCUGAGUUACUCGCGCGGCGGCCAGGGCGGCAAGGUUGAGAGGCUGUACCGGGAUGUGAGGGCGUAUGCCAUCCCCGGUGGCAGCGAGGAGAUCAUGCUCGACCUGAGCAUACGGCAGAGCAUGAGGGUGGCCAAGAUGCUGGGCAUGAAAUUGUAAGGGAGGCUAAAGGGGGGAUUAAACAGUUGUAUUUGUACCGCGAUCGUAUUUCCAUAUGUUUUUUUGUUAUACCAUUCGUGUAGGUAGUUGGUGUCAUGGGAGUGGGG